AUGUUUCGGCUGAUCACGAGUCGACCACGAAAGUAUGAGGCUGUCCAUGAAGGACAGCCACGAUCAGGCCUCGGCAGACACACCACCACCAGCGAAUGCCAUCAGCUCUUGCAGUCUGCAGCUGGUCUCCGCGGAAGUCAUUUGCUUGAAAUUGCCCUUGAGUCUGCAGCAAGAUCUAGCACCUUCAAGAACACCAAAUUCACCGAGUUCGACUUGUCCAAGGUGCGUGACGAGGUGACCUCAGAUCGUCGCAAGUUGAAGUCCACCAUGACGAUGGACAUCAGCAACAUGAAGCAUGUGCAGGUUGGAGCAAAGACCACUCACUUCGAAAAAGUCAUCGAGGGUGACAAUAUGUUGACAAACUUGACCAAGUGCGGUCAGCAAUACAGCAGCGGUGGUGAGGUGUCGGCACAGGGAAAGUUCAUCGAGUCAGGCGAUCCCACAUGCUUCACGGUUCAGCUUGAGUAG